UUCUAUUCGACUUUAAAACAGGUUUAUUGGUUUUCGCGCCUUUAGAAAAUUUCAGCACACAAUGAUAGGUAAAAUCAUCUGUCGUCGAUAGUCACGUGACUGAGAAAAGCCAAUCAGCUGAUAUUCUUUGUGUCUACCGCCAAGUUGUUUUUGAGAUCCGAAAUCGUAUUUGAGACAAAUUCAUGUUGUUUUCCGCUGUCUGCCUUACUGUGUAAGAUAAGAUCAGUAAUUACAAUUCCAUCGUAAUUUUAACCCUUUAAUACUUUCGUGAAACCGUUUUAAAUCAUAUAUACCCUCCGGUGUUCGUAAAAUAACCCUUAAACCAACAUAAUUUCUCGAUCGAAUUUUCACACAUCUCGUUCUUUCCGUCGUAAAAUGCUGCAAAGUUACAAGAAUUAGUGAUUUUUACGUGUAUUUAGUGCUUAUUUUAACCCACUUUUAAUAUAUAUUCCCAACCAUGUCUGAAGAGAACGGGUUACUCAAUCUUCUCAUCCAUAAUGCCAAUGGUGAACCCCAGCUGAUAAAAGUACAAACCUCUAAUAGUAAAGUGAUUACAUCGGGAGUUCCGGCCAAAGUUUUAAAUACCAAUCAAAACACAAGACAAAGGACGAAAAAUUCCAACGAAUCUACCUCACAAAACGCCAAUUCAUCCGGUAGUUCAAAUACAUCGAAGAACUUCAUUUCAUCGAUAUUAGAUCAUUCCGGUCGUAAAAGACAACAAGAAACAUCGGAUCCUGAUUUUCCACAGGAAAAACGUAGCUCUGUAUAUUAUAGUAAACGUAGAAGAGUUGAUAAAUGUGGAAAAGGAUUACGACAUUUUUCAAUGAAAGUCUGCGAAAAAGUCAAAAAGAAAGGUACCACUACGUAUAACGAAGUCGCCGAUGAGUUAGUCGCAGAAUUCACUAACCCAUCUGUUCCUCCUAUAAUUGAGCAACAAUAUGACCAGAAAAAUAUUCGACGAAGAGUUUACGACGCUUUAAAUGUGCUCAUGGCUAUGAAUAUUAUAUCCAAAGAGAAGAAAGAAAUUAAAUGGUUAGGUUUGCCUACGAAUUCGUUACAAGAGUGUUUAAAUCUUGUUAACGAAAAGAAACAAAGAAUUGAUCGUGUUAAACAGAAAACCAAACAGCUGCAGGAGAUAAUUCUGCAGCAAAUUUGUUUUAAACGAUUGGUCGAUCGUAAUUUUGAACAUGAGCAAUUGAGCGGUCGUCCUUUGCCAGAAGACUGUGCUGUUCAUUUGCCAUUUUUAUUACUUAAAACGAAUAAAGAUACUGUAAUUAAUAUCAGCGUUUCUCAAGACAAACAAGAAUAUCACUUUUUAUUCGAUGAUAAUUUUGAGAUUCGAGACGAUAUAGAUAUUCUAAAAGAAAUGGGAUUAGUCAUGGGUCUGGAUAAAGGAGAGUGCACGGAAGAAAAUCUUGAAAUUGCAAAAUCCAUUGUACCAGAAGUACUGAAAAAAUAUGUCGAACAAAUGGCCAAAGGAGAAUCUGAACUCGAUUUAGACGUUCUGACUCAGGAUUUAGACUCGACAGAUCAAAUGUUAUUGGAAUCAUCGAGUUUAUCUCCGAGUAGAAAAGAAGAAUCAGACGACGAAUCCGAUAUGUCUGAUGAUACAGAUAUUUUAGAAUGACCGAGAUCAAGUGCAAUUGUACACUCGGUUUCCUGUUCGUAGUUAAUGUUUUUAUUAUUUAAUGAGGAAUGAUUAUAAUUAUUAUAAUCUCUUUUGUGGUCACGUCGCGUCGACGACAGAUGAAAACAUAGAAAGAUGACAAUCGGUUACUCGUAAUGGAUUCAUAGGGUUUAUCGUUGUUUUGUUCUCAUAUGAGGGAUAAACGUCUUGAGAAACUUGAUCUCAAAUCUCUCCUAUUUAUCGAUCUUGUGAACUUAAUUCAGCUAUUUAACGAGCACAAUAACCUAGUCAUUGUACUUGUUUGUUGCAUAACACUUGCGUAUUUCAUAUUAAUGAAGUAGCUGGUUAUUGCAUUUUUUUCUCGUAGUUUCGUGUCUUUAUUUUGUGUAGUUUCAUUUGGUUUUGUGCCUAAAAUAGAGCGAGACUGGUGAGAAAAUGUAUUCGUUCUCAAUCAUUAGCGGUCGAAUUGAACUGUAACUCAUUUAUAAUUCUUGAAUGGAACAUAAAAGCUUAGCGUUUAUGUUCGAAUUGAAACUGCCAUUGUACAUAGAGAGAGAAACAUGUGUUUUUGGUGUUAUUUUAUUUAUGUACUAUACUUUGGUUACCGUAUUUAUUAUUUUACUACCUACGGUUUUAUGAGAAAAAUUAACAGGAUAAAUAGGAGGUAGAAAAAACUGAUUGUUGUCUGUAGUGUAGUAUAAUUAUUUUUUCUGAGUCUACACAUUUGAAAUGUUUUCAUCUGUUAGUAUUAUUUAUUUAUUACUUUUUUUUUUGAGAAGCAGUAUUCUUCGAUGCAAUAUGCAUGAGUUUUUCAUUCCCCUCCCACUUUCUUUUUAGAAAUUUAAUCAUAUUUUUCUAUCUUCGGGAUAAUCAAACGCUUCGAUGUACGUUUUAUAAUUUAUUAAUAAAUGUUUGAAUUUUCAUGAAUUGAA